CUUCAGUCAAAUCUGUAUUCUAACAAAUUUGGCGCAGGAAUAAUCCAACUUCAGGACAUUUCCCAGGUGAAGUAUGUGACCUGCGUCUGUGCACUGCUCAGUUACUCAUUAAGGCUCAGCCAAACAAUCUUGUCUGUUUACUGACCUCCGGGCUGCCUUAUCGAUGAUGUCAUCAUCCGGACGGAUGCUGAGGGUUUUUGGCAGCACUAUACACUAAAAAGAGGAGCGUCGUUCAUGUUUUUGUCGACCGAGGAAAAACAAUGCCCCUUUUUUAUAUGACUCCCAGCUAACACAGUAUAAUUGGAUAUUUGUGCAAGCUCUUGGACUUCUUUUUAAUCUUAUUGCCUCUUAAAGUAAGUUUGUGGUAACUUAUUAAGAGGAUCCUAUCGUCGUACAUUUAUGUCUUUAUGAUCACACUUUACUGUCUCAUGACUUGAGAGCGAUUUUUAUAGUACUUACUCGCAGCAAUGGUGGCUACAGUGCAGCUGUGCAAAUACAAGAUUUAACACCUUGACGGGCAGCUUUCAUGGACCAUUUUAAUCCUAUACAUGCUGAUGUUGGACUGGGGGGAAAGAACGCAUCUCUAGAAUGCCCCAGGCAGCACAGAAGGAGAAGAAGAACAAGCACGCGGCUCGGACCGAAGCGUCCAAGUGGUGGCAAAAGGCAAAAGAAAGGAGGGGAAAAAGCAGAGGAAACUAAGGUCGUGUUUGAGGGUCUGUGGUCCUGAAGUGGAGAGGACGUCGUGGGAAUUGGGAGGACCACAACCACCCUGCAGAGCUCGCUCUUCCCCGGAUGGUGACCUCCUCGUCUCCUGCCUCGGAUGCUGGACCCCAGAGGUCGUCAUGGAAACGCUCCCCUUGGCCUCGUCCAACCAGUCGACGUUCUCCAUCCCCAUCUUCAACGCCAGCUGCCGCUUUGACGAGGAGUUCAAGUACGUCCUCCUCCCCGUCUCCUACGGCCUGGUGUUCGUGCUGGGCUUCCUCCUCAACGCCACCGCCUUGUGGACCUUCGCCAAGAUGCGCCCGUGGAACCCCAGCGUGGUCUUCAUGUUCCACCUGGCGCUCACCGACUUCCUGUACGUGUUGUCGCUGCCCACGCUCGUCUACUACUAUGCCAACCGCAGCCACUGGCCCUUCGGCGUGGCGGCGUGCAAAAUAGUGCGCUUCCUCUUCUACGCCAACCUGUACUGCAGCAUCCUGCUGCUCACCUGCAUCAGCGCGCACCGCUACCUGGGCAUCUGCCACCCCAUCAAGGCGCUCACCUUGGUCAAGUCCCGCCACGCUCAUAUGGCGUGCGGCGCCGUGUGGGCCGUGGUGGCCGUCUGCCUGGUGCCCAACCUCGUCUUCGUCACCACCUCCAGGCGGGACAACGACACCAUCUGCCACGACACCACCAGCCAGGACUCCUUCGAGGAGUACGUGGACUACAGCUCCGUCGUCAUGGCGCUGCUCUUCGGCGUCCCCUUCCUGGUCAUCGUGGUGUGCUACUGCCUGAUGGCGCGGGCCUUGUGCCGACCCAGACAGGGCCUAGCGGGCGCCGCCUCCCGUCAAAAAUCCAUCAAGCUCAUCAUCGUGGUCUUGGUCGUGUUCGCCGUCAGCUUCGUCCCUUUCCACAUCACGCGCACCCUCUACUACACCGCCCGGGUUCUGAACCUGGACUGCAGAGUCCUCAACAUUGUCAACUUCACCUACAAGAUCACCCGGCCGCUCGCCAGCGUCAACAGCUGCAUCGACCCCGUCUUGUACCUCCUGGCCGGCGACCACUACCGCUCCAAGCUGGUCUACGCCCUGACGGGACGGAGGCAGGCCACCAGGAGUCAAGCCACCAGGAGUCAAGCGCCCUCUGAGGCUCCGCUCAACAGGAACUCAAACCUGGCUCUGGUCUACAAGAACCUGAACAGCAGUAGCCCAAAGAUAGACCGAGGAAUCUCAAACUAAACACUAAGCUGGUCUACGCCCUGAUGGGAAGGAAGCAGGCCGCCAGUAGUCAAGCGCCCUCUGAGGCUCCGCUCAACAGGAACUCAAACCUGGCUCUGGUCUACAAGAACCUGAACAGCAGCAGCCCAAAGAUAGACCGAGGAAUCUCAAACUAAACACUUAGCUGGUCUACACCCUGACGGGAUGGAUGCAGGCCACCAGGAGUCAAGCCCCCUCUGAGGCUCCGCCCAACAGGAACUCAAACCUGGCUCUGGUCUACAAGAAACUGAACAGCAGUAGCCCAAAGAUAGACCGAUGAAUAUCAAAGUAAAAAUUAAGCUGGUCUACGCCCUGACGAGAAGGAGGCAGGCCACCAGGAGUCAAUCGCCCUCUGAGGCUGCGCCCAACAGGAACUCAAACCUGGCUCUGGUCUACAAGAACCUGAACAGCAGUAGCCCAAAGAUAGACCGAGGAAUCUCAAACUAAACAUUCAGCUGGUCUACGCCCUGAUGGGAAGGAGGCAGGCCACCAGAAGUCAAGCGCCCACUGAGGAUCCGCCCAACAGGAACUCAAACCUGGCUCUGGUCUACACGAACCUGAACAGCAGUAGCCCAAAGAUAGACUGAGGAAUCUCAAACUAAACACUAAGUUGGUCUACGCCCUGAUGGGAAGGAGGCAAGCCGCCAGGUGUCAAGCGCCCUCUGAGGCUGCGCCAACAGGAACUCAAACCUGGCUCUGGUUUACAAGAACCUGAACAGCAGUAGCCCAAAGAUAGACAGAGGAAUCUCAAACUAAACAUUAAGCUGGUCUACGCCCUGACGGGAAGAAGGCAGGCCACCAGCAGUCAAGCGCCCUCUGAGGCUGCGCCCAACAGGAACUCAAACCUGGCUCUGGUCUACAAAAACCUGAACAGCAGUAGCCCAAAGCUAGACCGAGGAAUAUCAAAGUAAAAAUUAAGCUGGUCUCCGCCCUGACGAGAAGGAAGCAGGCCACCAGGAGUCAAGCGCCCUCUGAGGCUCUGCCCAACAGGAACUCAAACCUGGCUCUGGUCUACAAGAACCUGAACAGCUGUAGCCCAAAGAUAGACUGAGUAAUAUGAAACUAAACAUUAAGCUGUUCUACGCCCUGAUGGGAAUAAGGCAGGCUACCAGGAGUCAAGCCCCUUCUGAGGCUCCGCCCAACAGGAACUCAAACCCGGCUCUGGUCUACAAGAACCUGAACAGCAGUAGCCCAAAGAUACACCAAAGAAUGUCAAACUAAAGACUAAGCUGGUCUACGCCCUGACGGGAAGAAGGCAGGCCGCCAGCAGUCAAGCGCCCUCUGAGGCGCCGCCCCCAACAAGAACUCAAACCUGGCUCUGGUCUACAAGAACCUGAACAGCAGCAGCCCGAAGAUAGACCGAGGAAUCUCAAACUAAACACUUAGCUGGUCUACGCUCUGACGGGACGGAUGCAGGCCACCAGGAGUCAAGCCCUCUCUGAGGCUCCGCCCAACAGGAACUCAAGCCUGGCUCUGGUCUUCAAGAACCGGAACAGCAGUAGCCCAAAGAUAGACCGAGGAAUCUCAAACUAAACACUAACUUGGUCUACACCCUGACGGGAAGGAGGCAGGCCGCUAGGAGUCAAGCGCCCUCUGAGGCUCCGCCCAACAGGAACUCAAACCUGACUCUGGUCUACAAGAACCUGAACAGCAGUAGCCCAAAGAUAGACGAAGGAAUCUCAAACUAAACAUUAAGCUGGUCUACACCCUGACGUGAAGGAGGCAGGCCACCAGGAGUCAAGCGCACUCUGAGGCUCCGCCCAACAGGAACUCAAACCUGGCUCUGGUCUACAAGAACCUGAACAGCAGUAGCCCAAAGAUAGACCGAGGAAUCUCAAAUUAAACACUAAACUGGUGUACGCCCUGACGGGACGGAGGCAGGCCACCAGGAGUCAAGCGCCCUCUGAGGCUCCGCCCAACAGGAACUCAAACCUGGCUCUGGUCUACAAGAAACUGAACAGUAGUAGCCCAAAGAUAGACCGAUGAAUAUCAAAGUAAAAAUUAAGCUGGUCUACGUCCUGACGAGAAGGAGGCAGGCCACCAGGAGUCAAUCGCCCUCUGAGGCUGCGCCCAACAGGAACUCAAACCUGGCUCUGGUCUACAAGAACCUGAACAGCAGUAGCCCAAAGAUAGACCGAGGAAUCUCAAACUAAACAUUCAGCUGGUCUACGCCCUGAUGGGAAGGAGGCAGGCCACCAGAAGUCAAGCGCCCACUGAGGAUCCGCCCAACAGGAACUCAAACCUGGCUCUGGUCUACACGAACCUGAACAGCAGUAGCCCAAAGAUAGACUGAGGAAUCUCAAACUAAACACUAAGUUGGUCUACGCCCUGAUGGGAAGGAGGCAAGCCGCCAGGUGUCAAGCGCCCUCUGAGGCUGCGCCAACAGGAACUCAAACCUGGCUCUGGUUUACAAGAACCUGAACAGCAGUAGCCCAAAGAUAGACAGAGGAAUCUCAAACUAAACAUUAAGCUGGUCUACGCCCUGACGGGAAGAAGGCAGGCCACCAGGAGUCAAGCGCCCUCUGAGGCUGCGCCCAACAGGAACUCAAACCUGGCUCUGGUCUACAAAAACCUGAACAGCAGUAGCCCAAAGCUAGACCGAGGAAUAUCAAAGUAAAAAUUAAGCUGGUCUCCGCCCUGACGAGAAGGAAGCAGGCCACCAGGAGUCAAGCGCCCUCUGAGGCUCUGCCCAACAGGAACUCAAACCUGGCUCUGGUCUACAAGAACCUGAACAGCUGUAGCCCAAAGAUAGACUGAGUAAUAUGAAACUAAACAUUAAGUUGUUCUACGCCCUGAUGGGAAUAAGGCAGGCUACCAGGAGUCAAGCCCCUUCUGAGGCUCCGCCCAACAGGAACUCAAACCCGGCUCUGGUCUACAAGAACCUGAACAGCAGUAGCCCAAAGAUACACCAAAGAAUGUCAAACUAAAGACUAAGCUGGUCUACGCCCUGACGGGAAGAAGGCAGGCCGCCAGCAGUCAAGCGCCCUCUGAGGCGCCGCCCCCAACAAGAACUCAAACCUGGCUCUGGUCUACAAGAACCUGAACAGCAGCAGCCCGAAGAUAGACCGAGGAAUCUCAAACUAAACACUUAGCUGGUCUGCGCUCUGACGGGACGGAUGCAGGCCACCAGGAGUCAAGCCCUCUCUGAGGCUCCGCCCAACAGGAACUCAAGCCUGGCUCUGGUCUUCAAGAACCGGAACAGCAGUAGCCCAAAGAUAGACCGAGGAAUCUCAAACUAAACACUAACUUGGUCUACACCCUGACGGGAAGGAGGCAGGCCGCUAGGAGUCAAGCGCCCUCUGAGGCUCCGCCCAACAGGAACUCAAACCUGACUCUGGUCUACAAGAACCUGAACAGCAGUAGCCCAAAGAUAGACGAAGGAAUCUCAAACUAAACAUUAAGCUGGUCUACGCCCUGACGAGAAGGAGGCAGGCCACCAGGAGUCAAGCGCCCUCUGAGGCUCCGCCCAACAGGAACUCAAACCUGGCUCUGGUCUACAAGAACCUGAACAGCAGUAGCCCAAAGAUAGACCGAGGAAUCUCAAAUUAAACACUAAACUGGUGUACGCCCUGACGGGACGGAGGCAGGCCACCAGGAGUCAAGCGCCCUCUGAGGCUCCGCCCAACAGGAACUCAAACCUGGCUCUGGUCUACAAGAACCUGAACAGCAGUAGCCCAAAGAUAGACCGAGUAAUCUCAAACUAAACACCAAGCAGUUUUUGGUUUUUGCACUGACUACUCAUUCAAGUCUUGUGACCUUGUUAGUCCGGAGACACUGGCAGCCCAUUUAGAUACACUGGUGUCCAAAGUCUUUGGCCUUAUUCACACUGCAGGUUAAUUCCCAUUUUUUUUGGCCCAUAUACUGGGACCAGUACCGGAUUUUUUCAUGUCCGUUCCGAAUGUUUUAUAUCCGAUCCAGGUAUGUGGAAAUAAAUCGGAUACAUAUACGAUGCGUCCUGGAUGCGAACGCUCCCGCGCUCAGAUCGCGUUCAUCUGAACAGAACGCAGGGCUCGAACAGAUGCUGGCUUUUGAACUUUGCACCUAUAACAAGCCGGAUGGUUCUUUUCCUCUUUGGUCUGGAGGACAUGACGUCCACAGUUCCCAAAAACAAUUUGAAAUGUGGACUCGUCAGACCACAGAACACUUUUCCACUUUGCAUCAGUCCAUCUUAGAUGAGCUUUGGCCUAGCAAAGCCGGCAGCGUUUCUGGGUGUUGUUGAUAAAUGGCUUUCACUUUG